AUGGGUAAACCCGGCCUCGCCAUCGAGCCUGGCAAUAAGCCGCAGCACCACUAUGGCGCCGACGUCACGCGCAAGCAGUACAUCUCCCUCAUCAUCGCCCUGUCACGGCCUCAACAGCAGCAGCAGCAGCAGCAGCAGCAGCAGCAGCAGCAGCAGCAGCAGCAGCAGUACGACUUCAUGAUCUACGCCCAGCUGAGCAACAUCCUCACGAAGGUGUUCUUCCCGCCCACGAACCCUGCGACCGAGCAGCUCAGCUUCUGGGGCGUCUACGCCGUGGGCUUUGUGGCGCGCCCCCUGGGCAGCGUCAUCUUCGGCCACAUCGGCGACUCCGUGGGAAGGCGCAUCACCAUGCUGGCCUCCAUCGCGGCCAUCACGAUCCCCUCCAUCCUCAUCGGCUGCCUGCCCACCUACCAACACAUCGGCAUCGCGGCGCCCAUCCUCCUGGCCAUCCUGCGCCUGAUCCAGGGCGUGGCGGUCGGCGGCGAGUUUGGCUCCGCCAUCACGUACCUCUUUGAGCUGGCCCCGCCCGAGCACAAGGGCGUGAUCGCGUCCCUGGGGCAGCUGUCGAUCGCCCCAGGGAUUGCCCUGGGCAUCCUGAUGGUGCAGGUCGUGGUCUACGCGUGCACACCCGAGCAUCUGAUGCUGUGGGGCUGGCGCGUGCCCUUCCUGCUGACCCUCUUCACCGCCCCAAUCGCCUACAUCAUGCGCAUGCACAUGCCCGAGCCCACAGAGUUCCUGCAGAGCCGCCAGCGCAUGGUGCUGGACCGCGUCGCCAGCACCGCCGCCCGCAAGGUCGCGCGCGCCUACAGCCGCCAGGCCAGCCGCGCCUCCCAGGGCGGCCACGCCCCUGCCGACCUCGGGCGGCGCCUCAGCUCGAGGCAGGUGUCGGCGCGGCUGCAGGAGCUGAGCGGGAUCGCUGAGCUGGACGUGCCAGCUGGCGGGGCCGACGACGCCUGGGCGGCCGCAGAGGCCGGCAAGGGCGCCGCGGCCGACGCGAAGGGCGCCACCCACCUCGAGCCGGCGAUCCCGGAGUCGGCGCCGCAGGCGACCCGGUCGUUCCUGCGGCAGCUGAGCGCCAAGGCGGCAUCGGUGGCGGGCGCCGGCGCGCUCGGCUGCGAGGGGGAGUAUGCGGAGGAGGUGACUCACCUGGCUGGCAAGAUCAAGCACCACGUGCCGCUGAUGGUGCUGGUGCGGCACCACUGGAAGGGCGUGGUGCUGCAGACGCUGAUGGAGGCCGAAUACGGGGGCGCCUUCUACAUUUUCUUCUCAUGGAUCCCGCCGUACCUCCAGAAUAUUGAUGGUAUCCCCAUGCAGACCACCCUGUGGGCGCUGCUCCUCGCGAUGUUCACCUUCGCCGCCUGCGUGCUCGCCACCGGCCACUUCAUCUGCGACCGCGCCUUCCGCAAGGUCUGGCUCUUCAUGGGCAUCUCCACCAUCAUGGGCGCCCUGGUGGUGCCCGCGCUGCUGUGGCUCGAUACGGGCACCCUGGCGGCCCUGUUCAUCGCGGUACCCGGGAUGCUCGGCCUCGCAGGCCUGCUGGGCGGCCUGUUCACCAGCAUCGGCCCCCAGAUCUACCCCUCGGCCGUGCGCGCGUCGGGCUACAACCUCGGACACAACCUGGCGAUGACGCUCUUCGGGGGCGUGUCGCCGCUGCUGGUGACGGCGCUGGGCGAGAGCGUCAGGCCGGCCGCGCUGGCGGCGGGCGUGAUCCUGCUGAUAUUCACGGGCGUGAGCUGGGUGGCGUCGGUGCUGCUCGUGAGGGUGGUGCCGCGCGUCAACGCGCGCGCGACGGCCGGCGAAGCGGCGCUGCUGCAGUGA